AUGAUGUGGGGUCCGUUUGAAAUAUUCCCAUGGGGAAACCAUCUUUUUGAUGAUAGAAUGGGAAAGAAUUUCCCAGUCUCCAUUGUCAACAUUCAGUCAACAGGACAGCGUAUCAUUGUUUCCGACAGUCAGGAGUCUGUGCACUUUUUGAGAUAUCGUAAAGGAGAUAAUCAACUUGUUGUAUUUGCUGAUGACACAACACCUCGUUACGUGUCAUGUGUAUGUGUGCUUGAUUAUCAUACUGUAGCAGUUGCUGAUAAGUUUGGAAAUCUGGCAGUUGUCCGUCUACCAGAACGAGUCAAUGAAGAUGUUCAGGAUGACCCAACAGUUUCGAAAAGUGUCUGGGAUCGAGGAUGGCUGAAUGGAGCGUCACAAAAGGUCGAGUUGGUUGCCAACUUCUUCAUCGGAGAUACAAUUACAAGUCUGCAAAAGACGUCUUUGAUGCCAGGAGCAAACGAAGCAUUGGUUUAUACUACGAUCGGUGGAGCCAUUGGAUGCCUUGUGUCGUUCAUGUCCAAAGAUGAGGUCGAUUUCUUCACUAAUCUGGAAAUGCAUGUUCGCAGUGAAUAUCCACCACUUUGUGGUCGUGAUCAUCUUGCUUAUAGAUCCUACUACGCCCCUUGCAAGAGUGUUAUCGACGGAGACAUUUGCGAACAAUUCAGUUUGAUGGACUUGUCGAAACAAAAAGAGGUCGCCGAAGAAUUAGGAAAGACUGUCAGCGAGAUCUCAAAGAAGUUGGAGGACAUUCGUACACGCUACGCCUUCUGA